UCACAUUGUGUUUUGAUCGUCAAAUAAUUUAGUUAAACGACAGCGUUCGUUCAUUAUAGACGCAUGAGAUAGCCGCGUGGUCAGUUCUAGACAUUCCAUUUCCAUUCUACGUGUCCGACAUUCCCGGCUCUUUGCGCACAACAUUGACCAGCAGAACAAAUCAUGGCUUUCAACAAGGAUGAAAUGCAUGCUCCCCAAUGGAUGGAUGAUGCAUUUUUUGAGAAAGUGCUCAAACAAUCGGAAAACGAUUCCGAUCUAUCAGUGAGCGAGAGCAAACUCAUCCCCGGUACUAAACCGGGAGACCAUUUCGCGAGUGUCAUUUUCCGCGCCAAAGUCACUUACAACAGCCGCGGUGAGAGUCGCGAAAUAUCGUUGAUUAUCAAAACGAUUCCCGCGCAGGAAGGCAUCAAGAAGGACCUCCUCAAAGGAGGGGAGAUCUUCGGAACGGAAACUAUCAUGUACCAAACGGUGAUCCCAGAAAUGGUACGACUGCUGCGUUCGGUUGGAGACAACACGGAGUUUGGGCCGAGGCUCAUGUACUCUUCGAACGACCCAUCCUGGGUAAUGGUUUUUGAGGAUAUCACCAAACGAGACUACCAAAUGAAGGAUCAUCAGUUAAACCUAGACGAUGCCAAGAUUGUGUACACAAAACUGGCACGAUGGCAUGCUGCUUCAUUAGUUUUAUCCGAUUCGGUGCCAAUCAUUCCCAAGUUGGACAAUAGCAUCGCAAGUGCAAUGCAGGCGGAUAUCAGUGAAAUGUGGAUUGCAAACAUAGCUAUGCUGGCCACACUCUGCCGCGGAUGGCCUGGCUAUGAAACAUACGGCGAUCGUUUGGACAGCCUAAAGGACACCAUCAUAACUAAGAUUAAAGACAUCUUUCAGCUCAAGGACUCCAACCUGUACAAUGUGCUGAAUCAUGGCGAUUUGCAUUACAAGAAUAUGAUGUUCAAAAUCGAAGAUAGCGAUACGAAAGACAUUUUGCUGCUUGACUAUCAAUUGAGCUUCUGGGGGACUCCUGCAUGCGAUAUCAUCUAUUCAUUGUACAACACAUGCUCCAUAGAGACAAGAGCCAAUCAUCGGGAUGAGCUGAUCAAGUUCUAUCACGACGAGUUCACAGCUACGUUGAAUAAAUUGGGUUAUAUGAAGAAAAUUCCGACUCUGGUUGAUUUACAAGUGGAAGUUCUAAAGUGCGGAUAUUUAGAAACAUUCCUGUCGUGUACAUUCCUUCCUAUAUUGAUUGCACCAUUCGAAGAGCUCAUGUCCACAUCUGCAAUUGAAGAAGGUUUUGAACUUGAUUUUGGCAAUAAAGAAUUGAUGCUGCACAUAUUUCAGCAUCCCAAGUAUGUUUCAGUCAUCCAACGAUAUUUGCCUGCUCUACUUCAUAGAGGCCUUCUAGAGUAA